UGAAAGUCCAGUCUUUCUCCGUCAACAUCAAGCAAGAAGCGCGCCCCCUCGUGUUUCUGCCCUUUAAUCGUUCCUGUUUCGCAUUGGCCUGUUCCUCAGUGGCGGUGCUUCUUGUUCCGGAUUGAAGGCCCCGAUUGCCAAUUCCACUGCGCCUCGUUUCGCAUUCUUCCGCGUCUGUCUCAAGAUCGCUUGCCUAGGUCUUACCAACGGUUGACUUGUUGGCCUUUCCUGUCUCUCUGCGCCGCUUAGAACCGAUAUACAACUCGUGGCUGUUAUUUUAUACUUUGCGCCUGAGUUAAUUCGCUUGUUUACGCCUCCCUGCCAUAUCGCGUGUCUCCAUCCCCGAGUCCUCGUCCCCCAACUCCGAUCCGCCCUUCGCAUAGACAUCCCGCGCUUUGAAGGGAAUUCCCAACGUCAUGGCGUCUCCAGCUGCUUUGCCUCCGUUACCAUUCAACCCUUCUAGGGUCCGAUCAUAUCUCCUCCGCCUCCCACUGUUCACACGGCUCGUUAUCCUGGCCAUGAUCGUGUUUUGGUUGCUUGAGCUGCAGACCGUUUGGAGUGUUGUACAGUGGGGCUCUGUGAUCCCGGACGAGAUGAAUCUCAGUACCAUGUACCGAACCAACACUUACCCGUUCAUCCACACGGGUUUCUUCCAUACCUUGCUCAAUCUACUGGCUUUGACGCCUUUACUUGAGCGCUUCGAAGCGGAGCACGGCACUCUGACUGCUGUUGCCUUGUUCAUGGGACCUCUCUCCACGUUCCCCGCGGGUAUCUAUAUCUUGAUUGAAAAGUUCAUUCUGCAUAGUAAUAAUGCCAUUGUCGGUUCAAGUGUCUGGGUGUUUCUUCUUUUCGCUUCCGAAGCUAUUAGGACGUUCAAGUCCAACCCCUAUUUCAGUAUUGGAAAUUAUAAAAUUCCUACGUGGACUUCCCCGCUGGUGGUGUGCGUGGUUGUCUCAAUGCUGGUUUCCGACACGAGCUUCCUUGGCCAUUUAUGCGCUAUCGCCAUUGGGUAUCUACUCGGCCUCGGCUAUCUGAAAGUGCUUGUUCCCCCUGAGAAGAUCUUGAGAUGGAUCGAAGGAAAGCUGAACCUCUUGGGACGGCUGCCGCACUACGUAUCAGUCGAUCAAAAGACAUACGGUCGCUUUGGAGUCCUUCCAACCAGUGCCGCGCCUGCCGGUGAACGAGGAACGCCAAUGUCGUUCGUGGGGUCGUCGCAGCAGUCCGUGAAGGCCUCAGAAUCCAUGGCUUUGAAAUCCUCAAUCCGCAAUCUGCGGAAUAACCCCACCUUCCUUUUCGUUCGGCUGCCGUACAUCCUCUCGUUCCUGUGCAUUGUUGCCGGCGUGAUCUGGCUUUUCCUUCUGCCUCUCGACGACUACUCCCGCAGGACCUACAUCUCCGAGAACGCGCUCUUGCCGGGCCAAGUCCAUGCGUAUUUUUCGGGCAGCGAGCAGCAUAUUUUUCGCGGGUAUAAGAAGGAACUUGAGGGGUUAUUAGGGAGGGAUGCUGGUCAUAACGGAGGUGGUGAGGUGCAGGAACAUGGGCAGGAGCAGGAGCAGGAGCUGAAGAACGAGGAACGAACACCGGUGAUCUCGGAGAAGAUACAGUCGAUCCUGAAAGCCAGCGGGCUGAAGGUCGCAACGCAGGGCUACGAGUACACCUCUUCGGGAAUCACGCACCAGGGGGAGAACAUCUAUGCUAUCAUCCAAGCGCCGCGCGGAGACGCGACUGAGGCGAUUGUUCUAGUUGCGGCUUGGAAGACGGUGGAUGGCGAGUUGAAUCUCAAUGGGGUUACGCUUGGGCUGACUCUUGCGCGGUAUUUCAAGCGUUGGUCUCUCUGGUCGAAGGAUAUUAUUUUCGUGUUUCCGCCUGAUAGUAAGUCAGGUACUCAGGCGUGGGUGGACGCAUACCAUGAUAUGCAGCCGGCUACUGUUCAGCCUCUGCCUCUGAAGAGUGGUGCUUUGCAGGGAGGACUGGUUAUCGAAUAUCCGUUUGAUCACCGCUUCGAGAACCUCCAUAUCGUGUACGACGGAGUCAACGGUCAACUACCGAACUUGGAUCUCUUCAACACUGCUGUCUCGAUUGCCGGUGGGCAGAUGGGCAUCGGGGCCCGGCUUCAAGAAAUGUGGGAACACAAUGGCAAAUACAACAAGCGGCUCCAGACCAUGCUGAGAGGGAUGGUUAAGCAAGGCCUCGGAUACGCCGCUGGAGCCCAUAGCAGCUUCAUGCCGUACCAUAUCGACGCUAUCACGCUUCAGACCAAGGGCAACGGUUGGCAAGAUGAGAUGGCGCUGGGCCGUAUUGUGGAAGGUCUAUGCCGCAGUCUCAACAAUCUCUUGGAACAUCUGCACCAGAGUUUCUUCUUCUACCUUCUCAUGCAGACCCACCGCUUCGUCAGUAUCGGCACUUACCUCCCCAGUGCGAUGCUCAUUGCGGGUAACUUCACCAUCAUGGCCAUUGCCUUGUGGAUACGGACUGGCUAUUACAAGGGUCCCGCUGGCUCGUCUAAACCCGCCGCUGAGCCUCGCGAUGAUAAGACAAGUGAAAAGGAGAAAACACCGCUCGUUCCUGAGAGCCAAAUCUCUAAUGGGCAAGAUCUUACCAGUACAGCUACGGAACGUCAGCUCGCGCUGCCGCUCACCCUUGUCGUCGGUCUACACCUACUAGGUCUCGUCCCACUUUACAUCUUCAACAAUCUCUCUCACGAGACCUACCCCCUUGCAACCUACACCUCAAUAGCCACAAACGCCAUCCUCCCACUAACCCUCGCCCCCCUCCUCUCCCGAAAUACCACAACAGCACAACAAACCCACCUCAUAAAAUCCCUCUCCCUCCUCCUCCUCGGCCUCUUUCUCUCAACCCUCGCAACCCUCAACUUCAGUCUCUCCUUCAUGAUCGGCCUCCUCUGCGCCCCUCUAUCCUUCGUGCACCGCUUCACUACCGAAUCAAAGCCUGUGCGCUACGCCCUCUCCAGCCUCUCCCUGGUGUUCCUGAAUAUCCUCUCGCCGCCGAUCGUUCUGCUGGCCGGGUGUGCAUAUUUCGGGGCCGACGUUGAGACCGUCCUUACCGAGGCGGCAUUUGGGUGGGAUGUUUGGGGAAUGUGGACGCAAGUGGUUGUUUGGUGUGUCUGGUGGCCUGCUUGGGUUGUUGGAGGGGCCGUUGUGGGGAGCUCAUUGUUUUAGGACCUCGACGCAUUAUUUCCUUUUUUUUUUUUUUUUUUUUUUUGC